AUUCAGUUACCUGAAUGAAUGAGAAAAGAGGAAAAGAGAGGAGCAUUGCAGAGGUGGGGAACCUGGAAUGGAAUCUCUGAUCCAUUUUGUGUGUUGAAUUUGAUUUUGUAUUGUUAUAGAUUACAGAUUUGGUGGGCAAUGGAUAGGGACAACAAAUCUCCUCCACCUUCUUCUCUUUAUGUGAAAUCAUCAUCUUCAUCCUUCAGCCACGACGACAUAAGCGCCAUGCCGGAGAAUCCACCCAAGAACAGAGGCCACAGGCGCGCCCAUUCCGAGAUUAUAACCCUACCGGACGACCUAUCCUUCGACGCUGAUCUCCUCCCCGACGACGACAACGACUUGCUCUCCCUCUACCUCCAAUUCGAUCAGCUCGAUUCCUCUUCUCUUCCUCCUCCUCCUCCUCCUCCUCCUCCUCACAACAACAUUAAUGAAAGGUCAACUAGGGUUAGACACCAACACAGCCACUCCAUGGAUGGCUCCAUCCACCCGGAGAUGCUGCUCUCCGCCGCCGCCUCCGCCGCCGAUGACGUCUCCGGUGGCAUCGACACCAAAAAGGCUAUGUCUGCUGACAAGCUUGCUGAGCUUGCCUUAGUUGAUCCCAAGCGGGCUAAGAGGAUAUGGGCAAAUAGACAGUCUGCUGCAAGAUCAAAAGAAAGGAAGAUGCGUUACAUUUCCGAGCUUGAAAGGAAAGUGCAGACAUUGCAAACUGAAGCAACAUCCUUGUCUGCACAAUUAACUCUUUUGCAGAGAGAUACACAUGGAAUGACUGCUGAGAACAGUGAGUUGAAGUUGCGAUUGCAAACCAUGGAGCAACAGGUCCACUUGCAAGAUGCAUUAAAUGAUGCAUUAAAAGAAGAAAUUCAGCAUUUGAAAGCACUGACUGGACAAGUUAUGCCGAAUGGAGGACCGGUUAAUUUUGCUUCAUUUGGUGGGGGGCAACAAUUCUAUCCCAACAAUCAGGCUAUGCACACUCUUUUAGCUGCACAAAAGUUUCAACAACUUCAAAUUCAUUCCCAAAAGCAGCAGCUGCAUCAACUUCAGCAGCAACAGCAAUUUCAGCAUCAACUUCAGCAGCAACAACAGUUUCACCAGCAGCAACAACAGCUGCAACUGCAACAACAGCUGCAGCAGCAGCAACAGCAACAACAACAGCAGCAGCAACAGCAACAACAAACAGCAGCAACAGGAACAGUAACAUCAACAAACGGGGGACAUGAAUAGGGAGGGGACACAGAUAGCACCUCAUCAAAUGUAAAUCCUUCUGCGGAAGAGGAUUUUAGAGACUACAAAUUGCUUUCUCUUCAUCACUUUUAAUUACCCUUUUGUUUAGAGUUUGUUUAGGUCACAGUCAUUAUAUUUCUUAUUCAUGAAACACUGCAGAUAGUCCUAGUUAGAGAUUGAGAAUUAUGCAUUGGAUCUUGGCUAUGCAAAAUUCUUUGCCACCUUUGGUUGUGGAUCUUGGCUAUGCAAAAUUCUUUGCCACCUUUGGUUGUGGAUCAGCGGGGCGGAUUUAUGUUUGUUAAGUCUUUCAAUUGCUUUCGCCUAUGGCUAUGCCUGCACAAGUGGUCUGUUUAGAUUCACAAUUUCCGCGGGAAUAGCUGUAUGUUCUCCUAAACUAGCAUCCCACCGAAAACACUUGGGUUGUCUGGCACUUAACAGAGGGGGUUCCAUUCAAGUUUCUUUUAGGUUGUUGAUGUUAAAUUUCUACAUUUGCUCUGACAAUUUUUAAAAUUAUUCUCAGAAAUUUUACA